AUGCGACUCCAGCCACUAGAGAAGAAGAGAGAGGCAACAAUGCCAGCACACAGAGGGAAGAUGAUGCCAGCCCCUGGAGGAGGAGAGACAAUGCCAGUCCCUGACAAAAAGAAGACGGUUCCAGCCUCUGAAGAAAGAAGAAAAGAAGCAUCAGGCAACCGCAGCUCUGAGGAGAGAAGAGUAGCCGAAGGACUCUGUCACGGACUGGGCCUCGGUCCUGUCUCUGCAGCCACUUGUGGAUACAGUCGUCUCAUCCUUUCAGGAACCCCUGACACGACGUUUUGCUGGAGGCUGGUCCCCGGCAAGUGGCGCCCGAACAGGGACUUGAAAGUGCUUGGAACAGGUACAUCCGCCACUAAUGUCCCCGAGGACUAUAGGUUUCUCCUGCAGGACGCUCUCAUCUACAACCGGUCAAAUCACUUCAUUCCACCUCUAAAACCUGUCACCCAGUGGUAUUCAGCUGGAUGGAUUACUCCCGCCUACAUUGUCAACACUUCAAAUGGUUCCCGUGCAUACCCGGACUUGUUUCACCUCCUUGCCGCCACUUCACCUGUGCGUUUUCGCCGACCUGGACAUUCUGUUAAUGCUUCCACCGUAGGGACUUGUGUGGGCCCCCCUUAUACCCUCCUUGUUGAGGGCCCCAGACUAUUAACCAUUACUUAUCAUCACCAUGUUUUUCAUGUUAAUUGUACUAACUGCAUUCUCACCAACUGUAUUACCUCUGUUGACUCAUUGUCUAAAACUACUUUUGUUAUCUUACAUCAACCUCCUUAUGUCAUGCUCCCUGUAAACUUACAACAGCCAUGGUAUCACGACAUUAAACUGUAUACUCUUCAGCUUGUGGGACAGGGACUACGUCGCUCUAAAAGGUUUGUAGCGGCACUUAUACUAGGUAUUACGACACUUAUUGCUAUUAUUAGUUCUGUUGCUGUUUCUACUACUGCUCUCGUGCAACAAGUUCAUACUGCCUCCCAUGUUAAUGAUUUGUCUCGUAACAUCACACACACUUUAAUUAUCCAAGACCACGUUAAUAAUAAGUUUAAAACUCGUUUAAAUGUUCUUGAGAAAUCACUUUUACAUAUUGACAAUCAAAUUCAACACAUAAAAACACAUUUAACUACCAAAUGUCAUUCUAAUUACAAAUAAAUUUGUGUCACUCCACAUGUUUAUAACUCUUCUUCUGUUUCUUAAAAUAAUGUCAAAAAUCAUUUACUGG